CUCUUGACAUAAAUUGCCACCCUUGAUAUUCUGGGACAGCUAUUUCGAAGUCUGGAUAGUAGUAGUUAAGCUAAGGAAGAGCUUUCCAUCUUCCAAGGCGACAUUCAGAAGGAGAAGAGAAGGCAGAAAGAGAGGUGCAUGAUGAAGCCCCAACUGUACUCCAUCAUUAUUCUACUGCUUGCCAGGGUUACCUACAUGAAAAACACAAACAGUUCUACCCAAGAUGCUGCAACUUCUAGCACACAACUGUCUCUGAUUCCUAACACCACCUCUGUUGCUAAAACCCCCGAGGAAAGUGUCGAAUCUACUACCAAAGCUCCCGAUGACCACAAAACCUCUGCCUCUGAGAACAACGUCGCGUCUGUUACCAAAGCCCCCAAGGGCAACACCACCUCUGUUGCCAAAACCUCUCAUGAAACCACUAACAAGAUCACGGUUGUUUCUGAAGCCCCCAACAGCAAGGCCAGCCUGGCCCCCAACGUGUCACCCAGCCUGGCCCCCAACGUGUCAUCACUUCGCACCACCAAAGAAUUUACAAUGACAACCAGGAGUGACGGCAUACCGAGGGCAACUGGGAGCACCAGCAUAUCGAUAGGAAAGGAGACAUCGAAUCCUACACCUGCUCCCAGCCGGGCCCCCAACGUGUCAUCAGUUCACACCACCAAAGAAUUUACAAUGACAACCGGGAGUGGCGGCAUAUCGAUAGGAAAGCAGACAUCGAAUCCUACACCGGCUCGAAAUGCAACCACACAACGGAUCAACAAAGUCACUAACACAGUCCAUAAGACAACAAGGCCCACUUCAACCAAAUCAACUACUGCUAAAGCCACUGGGAACAGAAUCAGCACCUUCCCAGUGCCUUUGUUGUUUGCAAUCGUGUUGCUUGUCGUUUCUGUACUCUGUUUUUAAGAAAGAUUGUUCUGCUGCACGCUGCCAUUCUGGGUGAAAGGGGAGGGAUAUUUUUUCUUUUUUGCUGUUAAUAAAUUUUCCAUAGUCAGUUCUCUUAUAAGUCCUCCAGUGCAUUUGCCAAUAUCUUCUCUCUCACCAGCCUUCAAUGGAAAAACUGCCAAUUUUCUAACCCAAGGAGUAUGCCGUUUUGCUUCAGUUAGGUCAGACUGAGCUAUGGCUAUGACUCUUUAAUCAAAAUCACAGCUAAUAUUAUAAACAAGGCAAACACUGACAGCUUAACUGUGCUGCUGGGUAUGUAAAUGGCUAAUCUUUAGGCAUUGCUUUUUAGCAUAUCCACUAGUCUUCCUGUAUGUACAUAGUCUUCUGUUUCUAAAAGCAAGAGCCAACAUCUCCCCACCAUUCCCUCCAGUUUUCUUUAUUUAUAUUUGCACUGCAGUAAGUGGAGGAAAUGUCUGAAUUGGGAAGACUUCCUGCUGUCUCUGAAAUCCGUGAUUUCUACCAUUGCUUGAGAAGCAGCAAAAAAAGUCCUGAAAUCAGUUGGGAAUAUCUCCCUCAAAAGCUUUCAACCAACCCAGAUUUUAUUUGUCAGGUCUACAACAGCAAGGAUAGUACUUUGGGUUUACCAUAGCUCAUGACCACCCCAUAAUUUGCAACAAGCAACCAAGAAGCACUCUCCAAAAAGAGGCAGGUACUCACACCCUCAAGAUUCAAAAAAAGGUUUGCAAUCAAGUCACACCAUGAGGAAAGCUGGCCUUUCUUGUUGGAGAUCCCUGAAAGGACCUACAAGGACAGACAGUUGAGCAGAAUGCAACUGAAAGACACUUCAUGGGUCAAGACCAAAUGUGUGAAAAUCCCUCGAGACUCAAAUUUUGCUUUGGCAAUCAACAAAAUUUCCUUCUGACCAAGACUUCUGACUACAGAUGUUACCUGCAUAUAUAUUUAUGUACGGGAGGGUAUAAUGUGCUUUCUACUGUUGUGUUUAUUAAAAGCAAACAGAAUUAAGGUACCAAUAAUGCAAAUUAAAAUGGCUUCAUAAAACUC